AUGAGCAGCACUAUCGGGGGCAUACAAAUGACGCAUCGAAUUGAAAAAAUAGCUACAGGGGUGGAAGAAAAUGGGAGAGGCAUAAGGGUGAUUUGUAGCCGUAUUCGUGUUUUAUUUUUUUCACUACUGUCUGACACAAACGACAGACAAGAACACAACAAGCACGACCCAAGACCGGCGCAACACAAGCUGCACGAUGUCCGUUCUCUUUCCUCGUGCGGGUUUGGUAGGUGUUGCGUCGGUGACAUCACGCCGGACAUACUGGGCGGGUCUAGUAAGAUAGCCGCAAGCUUGGGCCAGCUUAGUUCCAUCAAUUACCCCCUGAAACUACCGAAAGCGAUAACUUCUACAACUCCGCACAUGAAAAUAGAUUACCAGUCGCGCUGUUCUUUUAGGCAUUGUUGA